AUGAACAGUGAAGAGGCGAAGGCGUACAACGGCAUGAAGUUGGGCCAGGCGGCGGGGCGCAAGGCGGCCAGUCGGGCUGUGGCCUUGGCCAAGGAGACCUGCGACAGCAAGAUCGAGGCGCGGCGCUGCGUCUUCUUUGAGGAUGGACACACCGAGCAGUCCUUGCAGAGCUUCGUGCAGUCUUUGGACCCCAGCCAGAUGGCCAUCUUGCGCCAGAUGUUGGAGAACAGCAAGGACAGGGGGAAGGGGUAG